AUGACGCACAAUACACGUACAUUAUGCACGACGAACAUUGGCCCCGUUCUGCAAUCACUCUACCAGCUCCUCAACUAUAUCAGCCAGAUCCAUCUGCGAGCUAUACUCCUGCCGGUUUCCAGUACAUAUUGGCGCCGCAUAUUGCUUCCUCAUUCAUUAAACCGUCUAGCCUCACGCACAGCAUCCUCCAACAACAUGCCCGUCUCCCACGCAGCGCCCGCUGCCGGAGCCGCCCGCCCGCCGCAGCUGCGCCGCAACCGCGCCCUGCUCACCAUGGUGUCGAUGGCGCUCGCCAUCGCCGCUGUGCCGUACGGCAUGGGCAGCGCGCUCUCAAGCGCGGCGCUCUACGGCGGCGGCCAGCUGUCCAUGCUGGCAGGUCUUCUCGUCGUCGUCGUGCUCGACGGGUGCGUCGCCGCGUCGCUCGCCGAGCUCGCCUCGCGCUUCCCAAGCUCGUCGGGCGUCUACGACUGGUCCUACCGACUUCUCGCCUCCCCCAAGCCCGGCCGCCCCGCCGCCGCCGCCGCACCGCUCGCCUACAUCACCGGCUGGUGCUGGCUCGUCGGCCACUGGACCGUCACGCUGUCGGUCAACUUUGGGCUCGCCUCGCUGCUCGCGGCGACCGUGUGCCUGUACGACGCGUCGUGGGCCGCCGCGCCCGCCUGGCAGCUGCUGCUCGUCUUCUACGCCGCGUGUCUCGCGACGCUAGUCCUGUGCGCCGUGGGCGACCCGCUGCUGCCGUACGUGGACGGCGUGGCCGCAGCCUGGAACCUGUUCACGCUCGUCGCGCUCGCGGCCGCCGUCGCCGCCACGGCGCACAGCGGGCGCCACCCGGCCGCCGUGGCGCUCGGCCACUACGACGGCUCCGUGUCCGGGUGGGGCGCGGGGGUUCUCCUUCUUUGUCGGGCUGCUGCCGCCGGCGUACACGUUCUGCGCGGUGGGCAUGGUGGCGUCGAUGGCGGAGGAGUGCGCCGAGCCGGCGGUGCAGGUGCCGCGGGCGAUGGCGCUGUGCGUGCCGCUCGGCGGCGCCGCGGCGCUGCUGUUCGUGCUGCCGCUGUGCUUCACGCUGCCGCCGGCGGCGGAGCUGCUCGCGGCGACGCCGUACGGGCAGGCGCUGCCGGCCGUGCUGGCGCGGGUGCUGGGCAGCGCGGGGGCCGCGACGGCCGUCAUGGCGCUCGUGCUGGGCGUCGCGCUCUUUUGCUCGGUGAGUAUCACGACGGCGGCGUCGCGCUGCACGUGGGCGUUUGCGCGCGACGCGGGGAUUCCGCUGCGGGGGGUGUGGGCGAGCACGACGGCAGGCCGGCCGCUGGCGGCGCUGGGGCUGGUCACCGCGGUGGAGAUGCUGCUGGGGCUCGUGUAUCUCGGGAGCACGAGCGCGUUUACGGCGUUUGUGUCGGUGGGCGUCAUGGGGCUCGCUGUCGGGUACCUGGUGCCGAUUGCGACGAGCUUGGUGAUGGGCCGGCGCGAGGUGGCGACGGCAAGAUGGCGCCUGCACCCGGUCGUCGGCGGCGUGGCCAAUGUGGUCGCGGUGGUUUGGAUCCUGUUUGA